GUAGCAGCCGAGACACCACCUCCCGCCCGCAGCGCCCCAAGCCAACCUCAGGAGCAGGACACGGUACUCCGGCCGGAAAGAGACUCAGGAACCGCUUUCCCCUUGGGCUCCCGGUUAAGGGCGGCACCUCCGCCAGCAGCCCUCGGCGGCGGCCGCGCUCCUGCCUGGCUAGCUUGGCGUCUCGGGUGGGCCCCGCUGGAGUCCCCGGCGCGCCCGCGAUCGCUGGGUCAUGGGCGCCGCCGGCUCUUCCGCGCUGGCCCGCCUGGGCCUCCCCGCGCCGCAGCCCCGGCCCCGCUGGCUCGGGGUCGCCGCGCUGGGACUGGCCGCGGUGGCGCUGGGGGCCGUGGCCUGGCGCCGCGCGCGGCCCAGGCGGCGCCGGCGGCUGCAGCAGGUGGGCACCGUGGCAGAGCUCUGGAUCUACCCCGUCAAGUCCUGCAAGGGGGUGUCGGUGAAGGUGGCGGAGUGCACGGCCCUGGGGCUGCGCAGCGGUCACCUGCGGGACAGGUUUUGGCUUGUAAUCAACAAGGAGGGGAAUAUGGUUACUGCUCGACAGGAACCCCGCCUGGUCCUGAUUUCCCUGACCUGUGAGGGUGACACCCUGACCCUCAGUGCAGCCUACACGAAGGACCUGCGGCUGCCCAUCAAGACACCCACCACAAAUGCAGUGCACAAGUGCAGAGUGCAGGGCCUGGAGAUCGAGGGCAGGGACUGCGGUGAGGCCGCGGCCCAUUGGAUAACAAACUUCCUGAAGACGCAGCCGUACCGCCUGGUGCACUUUGAACCUCACAUGCAACCGAGAAAUUCUCACCAGAUCGAAGACCCGUUUCGACCCACAGACCAGAUCCCAUACUCAGACGCCAGCCCCUUCCUGAUCCUUUCUGAGGCAUCGUUGGCAGACCUCAACUCCAGGCUAGAGAAGAAAGUUAAGGCAACUAACUUCCGGCCCAAUAUCAUAAUUUCAGGGUGUGGUGUCUAUGCAGAGGACUCAUGGAAUGAGCUUCUUAUUGGUGAUGUGGAACUGAAAAGGGUGAUGGCUUGCUCCAGGUGCAUUUUAACCACGGUGGACCCGGACACGGGCGUCAUGAGCAGGAAGGAGCCUCUGGAGACCCUGAAGAGUUAUCGCCUGUGUGACCCUUCUGAACGAAAGUUAUAUGGAAAAUCACCUCUCUUUGGACAGUAUUUUGUUCUGGAAAACCCAGGGACCAUCCAAGUGGGAGACCCUGUGUACCUGCUUGGCCAGGAAUAGGAAUCAUAUGUCCUGGAAUAGCAGAUGUCUUUAAAAAACGUCCUCAAAUAUGCCAACACUUGAAGCACAGUAUUUUGGACCUGACACCUCGGCAUUUUCUUUAGCUCUGUGAUCACCAAGUUUUUCGUCUUUUGGACUCUUCCUUGUGUCUCAGUGCUUCCCGCAUCCCAGUGCACAAAGUGAAGAAAGAGAGUUUUGAUAACUUAAUAGGACUUCAGUAAGUCACUUAAAUGACAAGGCAGGAUUCUAAAAAUCGCUUGUUUAACUGUGAUUGUGGAAUACUUCUUUCUUCUUCUUCUCCAUUCACCUACCCAGAGGGCUAACUUCCGUCAUCUCAUGGCUACUCUUUAGGGAAAGGGGAGAGAAGAGAAAGAGUAAGAGUGGGGGAGUGAGCAGAAUGUUCUGGAAUCUUUUAGUACCCCAUGCCCACGGCAUGCAAUGGAAAUUAAAUAGCUCUCCGAAUAA